AUGUCCGAACUCAUUCCGCCUCUGCUCGAACUGCAGAGGCUUGGUCCAAAUAUACAUCUCCUCUGCCCUCGCCAAGAUGAGGACGAUCAAGACCGAUAUGAGGAGGACAUACAAGGUGCUGAACUGUCAGAGACACAAGAUACCGCUCGACGGAAGCGUAUACAAGAUGCUCGCCAACGCAGAGAGAAGUUCAUCUCUUGUCUCCAACUGCUCGCAUACGACGGCAACGAGAGUGAGAAGUACCAGCGCAUGAUUUGGGACACCCUGGACGAGACGUUAGGGAAGUGCGACAUCUGCAUACGCAACUACUACGUCGAGAAGCUACGGUUCUUGUCAAAGCUCCGCGAGGAAUACGAAGAGCCGGACGUUCAGCAGUUCUUCGGCUUGAUCGAUCGAAGAGAUAUUUCGCGGAUUAAGAAAGGACUCGAUGCGGCGGAGGAGGUCCUGCGCGCUCAACCAGAGCAGAAGAGGGGCGUAGCAGUACUCGAGCCGGCUCAACUCCAUGCCCUCUUCGAGGCGCUCCUCUGCGAAGCUUUCCUGAAAGACGAAGAUGCCGUGGCUAAGCACUUCGACGAGCCCUUCAGACUCAUACAGACCAAGAAGCCACUGAAGAUACGCGAGAUCUUGCCUUCGACAGUUCGGUUCUUGUUCAGCUCGAAAACUCUGCGGUUGAAUUGGGCGACUUCAACAUGGGCUCGGUUAGAUCGCUCUCCAAGUAAGCUGGAGUGGACAUGGUCUAUUCAGGAUCAGCUACAGCAGAGAUUACAGCAAUCGGUUGACGCAGCUUCCAUCGCCCGGUUCUGGAGCGGCAUGAUGGUCAUUGUGCGUACGCUAUCUGAGGACAUGAUCACCCAUCAGCUCUUUGAUCUACAACCUAAGAUCUGCACGGCAGCUUUGGAUCAUCUUCACAAGCCAACGUCUGCGGUUCCAUUCAUCACUCAGUCUCUCGCCACGAUCCUCACAAAGGCACCCAAGGCCUUCUGGCAAAUGCUGGGUCCUAUCUCCACCCAGACGAUCGCUGAGCAGAUCUUUGGCAGUCCGCGGUUCACGAAAGCACUCAACGAGACGACGGCAGACGAGAAUUCGACACUCAGUGUGCUCCAAUGGGCAGUCCCUUUGUUAUCAUCGUUGGAGAUCGGCAAUCGACCAGCUGCUUGCGAGGCCCUGAGCACACAAUUAUUCGAUAAGCUCCACGUUCUCGAAGUCUCGGAAGAUGGCAAGAAGGCGUGCUUCGAGACGGCAGUCAAGGUCAUGUUGAAGACAGUCGUAUCCUUCUCUGCCGAAACAGAUGACAAGGCACCUCCUUCGCGAAUCGUAGUCCAAACAGUGCUCAAGACCAUUGGUGACCAUUUACCUGAUCUGCUAGAUCCUCGAAAAGUCGGCAUCACUAGCGAGCUCUCCAAGAAUGCUCAAAGAGGUGUUCUUGAUAUUGUUAGGAACUCAAUCGCUCUCGAAUGCCAAUUACUCCGUUGGGAGUUCAGAUCGCUAUACGACAAGAAGACGCUGCCAUCGGAACCGACCGGGUUCGCGAAAUCAGUCUGGAAUGCUAUUAUCACUGCACUUCGAAGUGACAACACUGCCCUUUCACAAGAUUUCCUGCUUGGACUCUCAGCACUGGGCGCCUUGGAGCAGUUCCGAGUCAGAGGCAACGACAUCUCAAGCACGCUGGCAAAGCAGAAGCUCGCUUUCAACACAGCAUACAAGGAUGUCUGCAAUGCCGUUUGCAAGGCCUUGGAGACGAUCGCGGACUUCGAUCCAGAACACCUUGAUACGCUGUACAAGAAGCAAGAUACGAGUAUGCAGCUCAUUGCAUCGCUAUUCUCAUCUGAUGAGGGCAUUCAGCAGGCCGCAACCAGUCUCAUCAAGAACAUCAGCGGUGAGCCGAGCCGCAGAGACGCGCUCACUCACAUCCUCGAUGCCUUCUUCGCGCCCACAAUUUGGAGCUUGUGCUGGGCGCUACGACGAAUCUCCCAUAUGAGAACGUUCUCACCGGUUCCGCAGAUGGUGUCAGCCUGUAUGGACAUCAUCGAAGUGCUAUGCGAUAGCUCUAGCGGCAAGCUCAGAACUCGGAGAAGUGUUGAUGCGAAAGAAAAGCAGUCUGUUCAGAGCUUGUGGUCUUACAUGUGGCUUGCCCUGCGCACGAUAUUCCAGAAAAUGGAGGAUUGGUCCAAUGAAGUCCACGAUAAGCCAUUGAUGACAGAGGUCUGCAGGGACACGAUGCAGAUGGCUCAGGCGCUGUUCGAGGAAUAUCAAGUCUUUGCAAGCUUUCUGAAGAAGCGGGAAUCCGACAAAGAAGAUUCUGACUUCUCGAAACACCUUCUUGCAUCAACGGGAAAUGGUGGACGAGACUUGGGAUCGCCUGUGAGCACAAUCGCUGUCAUGGCCAAAUGGCUGCGACUUCGCGAUCAGUACCUCGCAGAGACCUUGGUCAAGUUGCUCACGAACAUGCUUAGCCGCCUCAAGUCACAGGCUGUCAACAUCGACAUUGAUGGCCUCGAUUACAUCAGCAACGUCGCGACGACAAAUGUGGUCAGAACAAUCCUUACCGAUCGCGAAAAGGCUACCCUUAUCCGUGCUCUCGAGAACUAUACUGGCAAGCAGAUGUCGAAGCCAGUAGGAAAGGUGCAGACAAAGCUGGAGAUGAGGCAGUGGGCCGCAGCAAAGGACAGUGGAAGCGUCUCUGCCUCAAGCUCACGAAGACAGAGUGGCGAUGACUUCGGUGAUGAUGACAUCCUAGAUGUCGACUUUGCACAGUUGACCAAGAACUAUGCUGGGCUACAGAAGGACAAGAAAUUACCAUCAUCACAAUUCGCAAGUGCUGUCAACAAAUCUUCGAUAUUGGCCAAGAAAGCGGAGUCAUACGCUGUCCAGAAGGCGGCUCAGAAAGAUAAAGAGAGGAGUGCUUUCCUACUAGAGCGCAAGAAGACUGAAGAGCAACGCAAGCUGCGCGACAAGCAGAAUGCUGCGAAAAUGAAAGGCAAAGUACUUGGGGAGGGCAUGGGUCUUCUGGGUAAGGAGCACGCUGCACCCACAGAGUCAAGUAUGAUGGUAUCGAGCGAGUCCGAAUCCGACUCGGACGAAGAUAUUGGGAGGGUACAGAAGUUACCAAACAAUGUUCCUUAUACUCAGUCGACCAAGGCUGUGCCUCAAGGUCCUACGAAGAUCAAGAAGCGGGUUCAGUCGCAGAAGGAUAUCCGAUCGCGACUUGCCCCAGAUCUCACUGGCUUGCAUAAGACGAUUCUUGCCUGGGACUUCUUUGCUGACACAGAUCUGCCGCCAAACUCGACGAAGACCGACUACACACUGGUUACAAACACUUUCAAGGAUGUCCAGGACUAUCAGAAAACCUUCGAGCCUUUACUCAUCCUUGAAGGCUGGCAAGCGUUUCGUGCUGCGCGAGAGGACGGGACGUUCAAGCCGUUCGAGAUCAAGAUCGCCAAUUCUUUGCUUAUCGACAGCUUCUUCGAGGUCAACGUGAGCAUGCCUAUGCAACAAGGGAACGAUCUUGGUUUGGGGCCAACAGAUGUGGUGCUCCUGUCCAAGUCAGAUCGUCCAACCUCCGAUCCAGAUCAGCCUCACUGCUUGGCUCGGAUCAAGGAGAUCAAGCGGCAGAAGGGCGAAUUUCAGAUUGUCUUCCGGAUCAAUGCAGCUGGCAAUCCUUUACGGCCCCAUCUGAACGACAAAGCGACUAUUUGGGCAGCUCAGAUCUUGUCGCUGACUACUCUGGAGCGAGAGUAUGGAGCCUUGACAGCGCUACCCUACUAUGACUUGGUUCAGGAGGCCAUCACUGCCACACCUUCACCACUUCUCAACUAUAGCUCCGAAGAAGUCCAACCACUCAUUCGAACUUAUGACGUAAAUGAAGCUCAGGCCAAAGCAGUGAAAUCAGCGGUCGACAACGAUGGCUUUACACUGGUGCAAGGGCCUCCCGGGUCAGGCAAAACGAAAACGAUCUGUGCAAUCGUUGGCGCUUUGAUGACUGGUCAUGUCUCAUCAAAGUCUCGAUCUGGACCUCAGCUCAACACACAACAGAGUGCACCGAGGGCUGAAAAGCGUCUCAUGGUCUGCGCGCCCAGUAACGCAGCUGUAGAUGAAUUGGUGAUGCGUCUCAAGCAAGGCUUGAAGCUGGCUGACGGAACGACCACUAAAAUCAACGUCGUACGACUCGGCCGUAGCGAUGCUAUAAACAGCAACGUCAUGGACGUCACGCUCGAGGAACUCGUCAAAGCGAAAUUGAAUGUGGGGCCAAAGGAAGAGAAAGAAGACAUCCACAAAUACAUGAUGGAUCACAAAAAGGUCUCAACUGAAAUCAUUGAGCUCCGAAACAGUAUUGACGCCAAGCGACAGCGAGGCGAGACAGUCUCUGAUCAAGACAACAACGCAUACGAUGGUCUGAAGCGCAAGAAGACACAGCUGGGGUCAAAGAUCGAUCAGCUGAAAGACAAAGCCAAUCAAGAGUCACGCAGCGCUGACCUCAACCGAAGACGAGUCCAGCAGGAAGUUCUUGACUCAGCUCACGUACUGUGCGCAACGUUGAGCGGCUCUGGUCAUGACCUGUUCCAAUCUUUGAACGUGGAAUUCGAGACUGUGAUCAUCGAUGAGGCUGCACAGUCCAUUGAGUUGUCCGCCCUCAUACCUCUGAAGUAUGGCUGCUCGAAAUGUAUCUUGGUCGGAGAUCCCAAGCAGCUGCCGCCUACUGUGCUUUCGCGAGAGGCCGCCCGAUUUCAGUAUGAGCAGAGUCUGUUCGCCCGGAUGGAGAAGAAUCACAAGAAGAACAUCCACUUGCUUGAUACGCAAUAUCGUAUGCAUCCUGAGAUCAGCUUGUUUCCGAGCAGAACGUUCUACGAUUCCCGGCUUAAGGACGGCGCUGGUAUGGCUAAGCUCCGUGCUCGGCCAUGGCAUCACAGCAGUAUCCUGGCGCCAUAUCGCUUUUUCGACAUCCAGGGCAUGAGUGAGUCGUCCACAAAGGGCCACUCUCUGAUCAAUAUUGCCGAGAUCAAUAUCGCCAUGGCAUUAUAUGAUCGUCUGACCACUGAUGUGCGCAAAUACAACUUCCGAGGCAAGAUUGGCGUGAUCACUCCCUACAAAGGUCAGCUGAGGGAGCUGAAGAGCCGCUUCCGCAUUCGCUAUGGCGAAGACAUAACCUCCGCCGUUGAGUUCAAUACCACAGAUGCUUUCCAAGGCCGAGAGAGCGAGAUCAUCAUCUUCUCGUGCGUGCGAGCAUCUACGAAAGGUAUUGGUUUCCUGAACGAUAUUCGUCGUAUGAACGUCGGUCUUACUCGUGCAAAAUGCUCGCUCUGGGUGCUUGGCAACUCGGGCGCGCUCAACCAAGGCGAGUUCUGGCGUGGCUUGAUCAGUGAUGCGAAGUCGCGAAAGCUAUACACUGAUGGCGAUGAUGAUGUCGACAUGGCCGACGUUCACUCUGACUCUCGAUCCGAGAGCAGUGCACAGUCGCGUGAGAGCUCUGUUGGUGUAGCGACACCGGUCGUGGCCAAACCUCCAGCUCGACCCGCCGACAACUUGUCUCGCAAAUCGUCCUCCUCUUCAAUCUUGAGCGUCAACCGACCGGAGACUGUUCGCAAAGAGUCACUCAAGACCGCGCUAAGCCAUGUCGAGCCUCCAAUCGAGCAUCAGCGAACCACGUCGCCAAUCACGAAUAUUGACCGAUCCAGGCCAUGUGGUGAAGUGGGGCAUAAGUUCACUGCUUGUACUGUUCCGAGGAAGUUGUGGUUGACCAGCGAUCAACAGGCGGAGGUCAUCAAGCAGGAAGAGCGCUUCAAGGCGAAGCGGGAGAAGGAUCUGGCAAAGUGGCGUGCGAAACAAUUGGGCGAGCAUGCUGGCGUCAUUCCGGAGGUGAAGAGCUCGUAUGUUGAGGGGGCGCCUACGGAGCCGAAGCGGAAGCGCGAUGAGGGUGCGUCGGCGAUUGCAGGGAGUGGGAAGGUGAAGGUGCCUAGGACGGAUGGACCGGCCGAUGAUGGUCAGACUGGCGUGUCCGCGAAUUCGAAUGGGAUCAGAGUGCCUUAUAAUGGUACCUCUUCUGGUGGAAAUGGCAUGGCGAAGAAAGUCCUCGCACAGCCACCACCUGUGGUCAAGAAGAAAAAAACGAAUGCUGACGCGAUGUUCAUGAAGCGGAAAUGA